CUGGGUUCCGAGGGGAUGGAUAGAUCUUCAGAGUUCGAAGUCUCAUGGAUAAAAAACUCCAUUCUCGAAUUACGUGGUUUCUACUAGCUACUGGCUACUGGCUACCUGCAGGCAAAGCAGAGAUAGGAGACUUAUUCAGUGGUGCAUUGCUGCGAGAUGGAGAUUGGGGUUGUAGGUAUUCCGGGGGGGGUUGUUUCUAUUGUACUCCGAGUGUGUAUAUGUAUGUACUCUGUACUUUGCUUUUACUUUGCUCUAUUUAAUGCUCAAGGGCGAUCUUUGGUCGGAUCGGAGGGUGAGUGGAUUUGAG